AUGACAACAACGAUGAAUGAUCAACAAACAAGUAAUAAUUUAACCGGCCUCGAUGUGACAGCAUUAGUUAUUUAUUUUAUAUUAUUAAUUGGUGCUGGAUUUUAUUCAAUGUUUAAAUAUAAUCGUUCAACAGUUAAAGGAUAUUUUCUAGCUAAUAGACAGAUGCCUUGGCUAUGUAUAGGUGCAAGUUUAUUUGCAUCAAAUAUUGGUGCUGAACAUUUUAUUGGUUUAGCAAGUUCAGGUGCUGCUAAAGGAAUAAGUGUUGGAGCAUUUGAAAUAAAUUCUAUUGCGAUUAUUCAAUUACUUGGUUGGGUAUUUUUACCAGUUUUUAUUGCAACUGGUGUAUCAACAUUACCAGAAUAUAUGAGCCGAAGAUUUGGUGGACAACGUAUACGAAUAUAUAUCGCUUGUUUAUAUCUUCUUCUUUACAUAUUAACGAAAAUAAGUGUGAAUAUUUAUGCAGCAUCUUUAUUUAUUAAUUAUGCGUUUCACUGGAAUAUAUAUUUAAGUGUUUUAUUUGUUUUAUUUUUAACAGCUAUAUGUACUGUAUCAGGUGGUUUAGCCAGUGUUAUGUAUACAGAUACAUUACAAGCUGUUAUAAUGAUACUUGGUGGUUUUGUUUUAAUGGUUUUAUCCUAUAAAGAAAUAGGCGGAAUAUCUGAAUUCCAUCGACGAUAUAUAAAUGCAAUGCCAUCAGUAGUAAUCGAUGAUCAAGUUGGAAAUAUGACAAGUGUAUGGUCAAACCAAACAAGCGUAUUAAAUACAUGUGGUAAACCAACCGAUAAAUCAUUUCAAUUAUUAAGAGGCAUAUCUGAUCCUGAUAUGCCUUGGUUAGGAUUUCUUCUUGGACAUACGCCAAAUACAAUAUGGUAUUGGUGUUCUGAUCAAAUGAUGGUUCAACGUGUUUUAGCUGCAAAAACAAUUUCACAUGCACGUGGUGGUACUUUAUUAGCUGGUUAUUUAAAAAUUUUACCAUUAUUUAUGAUCAUUAUACCUGGGAUGAUAAGUCGAGCAUUAUAUCCAGAUACUGUUGCAUGUAAUCAACCAUCUGUAUGUGAGUCAAUAUGUCAUAGUAAACGAAGUUGUACUAACAUAGCUUAUCCAACUUUAAUCUUAAAAAUUUUACCAACUGGUUUUAAAGGUAUUAUGCUUGCUGUUAUGCUUGCUGCACUAAUAUCAGGUUUAACAUCAAUAUUUAAUUCUGCAAGUACAAUAUUUACGGUUGAUAUUUAUCCGAAUAUAUUUUCAUAUCGUCGAAAAAAAAUUACAAAUCGAGAAUUAAUGAUUGUUGGUCGUCUUUUUGUUGUUUUAAUGACAGCUGUUGGUAUUGCUUGGAUACCUAUUGUCAUACAAAUGCAAGGUUCAGAAUUAUAUAUUUAUAUGCAACAAGUUAUCGGAUUUUUAGCACCACCCAUUGCUUGCAUAUACAUACUAGCAGUUUUAUGGACACGUACAAACGAACAGGGAGCAUUUGCUGGAUUGAUGGUUGGUUUUGUAUUUGGUGUCAUAAGAAUGGUACUUGAAUUUUCAAAACAUGGACCAUUAUGUGGAGAAAUUGAUAAGAGAUUUUGGUUUAUUCGAAAUAUUAAUUUUAUGUAUUAUGCUUUAUUUUUAUUUUGGUUAACAUUUUUUACUUGUGUUAUUGUUUCACUAUGUACACCACCACCGACAAAAGAACAAUUACAUCGAACAACAUUUUGGACAAGAUAUCAAAAAGCAGAUAUGGAAUUUAUCAAAAUGAAAGAAAAUAAUAAUUAUGGAGCUUCAACUCUAACUCAAUCAUUUAAGCACAAUGAUGUAGCUCCAUCAUCUACAAUAAAUUGUAAUAAGAUAGGUACUGAAGUUGAACAACUACAACCUGAAAUUUUUCUUCCACCAACAUCACCACUUGGUUCGGGAACAUUACUUAUUAGUCGUGAUGGUGAUGAUGAUGUUGAUAGUAUUCAUAUUAGGACAACAAGAACUAGUACAACUGAUGUUGAAUAUCGUACUGCAGGGAACAAACCUUCUAUUGACUCUAGAUUAUCUAUUCCAAAGAAUUCCAUUAAUCAGGAUGAUGAAACGAAGGGUUGUGAUAUUUUAAUACUUUUAAACUCGUGUUGGUCAUGGUUUUGUGGGUUAGACGAUACUUCUCUUAUUGAUGAGACUCAUGAUUCAUUACAAGCUAAUGGAAAUUAUGAUCAUCAUCAACGAAAAAUUGAAAAUGGUGAUAUAAACGAGGAACAUGAUUCAAUGUUGCAAUACAGUCAAGAACGUCCCGCUAUAAAAUGGUUAUUAAAUGCAAAUCUAAUAGUUCUUAUUAUUAUUGAAAUAAGUUUAUUUAUUGUUUUUUCAUUACCUAUGGAGUACAGUUUUUGGCGUAAUUAA